CGCGGCGGCGGGCGCGGGGCGAGCGCGCGGGGAGCGCGGCUGGUGGCGGCCUGGCCCGCACUCGCGCCGCGGCGGCGCUGCUCCCGGCUGCUGGCGGGCCCCGCGGGCCCCGGGCCUCGUAUCUGGCGUAGAGCAGAGAAAUUAUUAUGCCUGUGUUCCCUUGGGACUCAUUGGAAGUUGUACAGUGACACCUGGGAUUUAGCUUGGCGUGUGCACCGCUGCCUACGAUGGAAGUGGACGUGAACGGCGAGUCGAGAGCGCCGCUGGCCACCCUGCCGCUGCCCGGCGCCGAGGCCAGCCCGCCGGGGAGGGCCGAGGCCGAGAAACCCCGCUGCUCCAGCACGCCCUGCUCGCCUAUGCGCCGGACGCUGUCCGGCUACCAGAUCCUGCACAUGGACUCCAACUACCUGGUGGGCUUCGCCACGGGCGAGGAGCUGCUCAAGCUGGCGCACAAGUGCUCGGCGGGCGACGAGGCCAAGGGCGAGGCGGUGGCUGGCCUGCGUGCCAAGCCCCUGGACACCGCCCUGGCGCGCUCCUCGCGCCUGGCCAAGGCCCGCGCCCGCCACUACCAGCCCUACGAGAUCCCCGCGGUGAACGGGCGCCGGCGCCGCCGUAUGCCCAGCUCCGGGGACCGGGCUGCCAAGGCCUUCCCGUGCGAACCCUACCGGGCCCUGCACGGCCCUCUGCCGCUCUGCCUGCUCAAGGGCAAGCGCGCGCACUCCAAGUCCCUGGACUACCUCAACCUGGACAAGAUGCACGCCAAGGAGCCCGCCGACACGGAGGUGCUCCAGUACCAGCUGCAGCACCUCACGCUCCGCGGGGACCGGGUCUUCGCCAGGAGCAGCACCUGAGUGG